CCGUCGAGCCGUACGAAGUAUUGAUCUGAUCUGAUCCCGGAACAGUCGGCGGAGGCGGAAGCGUUUUUUCCGACGCUGAUUGCAGCUUGGGUGUGUGUGUGUGUACAGCUGUUUUCUUUCACAUCGGCAGCACACGUGUGUGUGUUUGUGUGAGGGAUACACACCGUGCGAUCUAGGUGGUCAGCAUGGCGUCCGCCCCUGCCCAGCAGCCCAUCCUGACUGUGGAACAGGCUAGAGUGGUGCUGAGCGAGGUGAUCCAGGCCUUCUCUCUUCCGGAGAACGCCGCCCGGAUGGAGGAGGCCCGGGAGAGUGCCUGCAAUGACAUGGGCAAGAUGCUGCAGCUUGUUCUUCCUGUGGCUACGCAGAUCCAGCAGGAGGUGAUCAAGGCCUAUGGAUUCAACAAUGAGGGCGAGGGUGUCCUUAAAUUUGCCCGACUGGUGAAGAUGUAUGAAACCCAAGACCCGGAGAUCGCCGCAAUGUCCGUCAAGCUGAAGUCCCUCCUGUUGCCUCCGUUGUCAGUCCCACCCAUUGGGGGUGGAGUCACAGCAUCAUAGACCCACAGUUAAAUUCCUUCUAGUUAGUCAUCUCAAAGAUGUGGCUUUAUGAACCAUUUGCUGUAUUUUUCGAUUCCACCAGAAGGUGCUGUCAUAAAAAAUAGGGCUCAAAAUAUUCCCCAAAGCAAGCCAAGAGCACCAUCUAGAGGGGUCAUAAAGUACUGCAAAUGGUUCAUGAGGUUUCCUUCUGGCCAUCGCUAAUAGUAGUAUUGCAUGUAUUUUGUCAAUUUUGUGUUAAACUUUCAUUCCAGAGUCUGUUUUCCCUUCAGGCUUUUAUUUUAAUCUAAUUUCAUUUAAAAUGCUUUGACGUUUAUUUAUUAGGAGCUGAAACGCUUCAAGACAUAGUUUUUUCUUGAUCCUGGUGCUUUGGGGGCAGGGGGGAUGUUAACACUACGCACCAUGAACUGUCUCUGCACCUACGAGGAGGGCGUAUCAGGCUGCACAUUCCCUUACUUUGACUGGGACCCAGCACUGUUCGGAAGUCAUUGCUUGUUACACAUCCCUCAGCUGCUGAGUUUGUGCCAAGACUCAAAACCUUAAAUGAUGGCGUCUGAUUCCAAAGGCGAUUAAGUUAGUCGUGUGCAUUUUUGUUUUUAAACAUGAUUUUAAAGUACAUUUUGCAGUUUUGUAUUGGACCCACCAUUUCAACAUUUUGUUAAUGAACAGAUAUCAAAUAAAGGGGAAAAAUACAUG